CCAGACAUUUUGACACAUUUAUGAUCGAACGUUCUUUGUGUUGAACCAGUAAAACGUAACGUGAAGACAAAAAAUAGUCCCGAAGUCUGGACGACCGAUUUUCGCUUAUAUCAAAAUGAGUUCCGACUAUAUAGAGGCAGAGGCACAACGAACGCUACAAGAUGAUGAAACGUUCAAAGUGCUGAAAUCCUUACGAAGUGCGCUGCAAGAACAGAAAGACUUCAAUUCUACAUUAAAAGGGCAACUGAAGCGAGCUACAGAUGUUCAGCUGAAGCUUGAGAUAACGCUGAAUGAAAUGGAAGCACAACUUCAGCUACAGUUUGAUAGAAUAAUCGAGAUACGAAAGGAAAUGCUUUCGAAGCAUGUCGAAAACGCAACGGCAGUAAGUGGCACUCCAUAUGCACGACAACAAUGCGAUGAAAGGAGCAACGCCGAUAUUCAAGGGCAAGUCAAACUUCCAGAUUAUUUGAGAUUGACAUCUGAUGAGGCGAUGCAAGUGGACGGUUUACUAUCACCACCAAACGAGCAGAAUCGGCUAGAUCGGAAUGGCGCUAGCGAAUCGAACGCUACCGAAUCCGAGUCUGCGUGCAAUCCACGAAACGAGUCCACCGAAUCGGAUGCCGAAAUUGCUAUCGAAAAACAUCAGAUGGAAAAAGCGUCGCCCCACCCAAGGACUAGAAAUGCUGAGCCAUCCACGGUGCAAUUAGAUGAUGCAGCGAUAUUGAAUAAAUGCCAGAUUCGUUUGAGCCGAAUAAGCGAGGUACAUCUUCAAAACGCUGCACGUCGUCGUCGCUACUGCAAAGAAUCGAAGAAGCUCUAUUGUACCGUUUGUGGCAAGGCAUUCAUCUGUAGUAGCCAUUUAUUUACACAUUUGAGGAUCCACACUGAUGAAAAAUCCUUUAAGUGUGAAGAAUGUGGCGUUGCUUUCACUCGCACAGGCAAUUUGGAUAUUCAUCGGAGAAUUCAUACAGGUAGAGCGCUUUACAAAUGCAACGUGUGAGAAAGGGGUGUAAGCGAUAAAUGCUGCUCCCUCGGCUGCUGCACACACCGAAUUAGGAGUGUAGCCAAUGGCAGGAAAUUGAAUAAGAAAUUGGUUUUAUGAUAAGCAUAAAGGAUGUUUCAAUAAAGUAUCCACACUGGAGGAUCAGUGCUGUUACGUUUUAUUG